AAAAAGCCGGUCCGGUCCGGUCUAGUGCAUAAAAGGGAAAAAGUUGUGCGUAAAAGCAGAGAGCAAAUAAAUAUUACGGUGGAUGGUAGACUUCAGAUCGAAGUAAAAAUUUCUCUCCGCAUCGCUCAACCCUGCCGACUGCCGUCUUACGCGUGUAGUAUCAUGAGAAGGUACAGCCCGCCAUACUAUAGCUCUCCCAGGAGAGGAUACGUAGGUAGAGGAAGAAGUCCUCCAAGAAGGGGGUAUGGUGGCGGUGGUGGAGGUUAUGGAAGACGCAAGGAGCAGAACGAUGGAAGCCUUUUGGUUCGAAAUAUUCCUCUUGAUUGCAGGCCGGAAGAACUUCGUCUUCCAUUUGAGAGAUUUGGGCUUGUUCAGGAUGUGUACAUUGCCAGGGAUUAUUACACUGGUGAACCUCGAGGGUUUGCUUUUGUGCAAUUUGUGGGUCCUUAUGAUGCUGCAGAAACUCAGCGCCACAUGAAUGGGAAGCUUUAUGCUGGAAGGGAAAUAUUUGUUGUUGUUGCUGCAGAGAUGAGGAAAAGACCAGAGGAGAUGCGCCAGAGAGCUAGGUUCAGUGGAGGAUCAGGCUACGACAGACCACAAUCUUCUUAUUAUGUAUAUUCUCGGCCACGUUCAAUAUCCUGUUCACGCUCCCCUCGACUUCCUCAAGGUUCUAGAGGUCGAUAUCACUCAAGGUCCUACUCACCUGUCCCAAGACAACAUGAACAUUACCCUGUUUUGCCGAGGAGAAGACAUGCUGAACACCCAAGAUCACCAAGAGGACCUCCACAAGUACAAGGCUUUGAAUACACUCGCCAGUCAUAUUCUCCUGCUUAUGAUGAUGCUGCUGAUCAGAACCACAGCAAUGAUUAUGGCAAGUGAAAUCUGCCAAUGAGGAAGGGUCUGGGGCUCAUUGGAGGUCUCCACCGGGUCGGGGAGCAUUAAGGUCACCUACUGGUUCUAGAUCUGCUAACUUGUCCCCUAGACACAGCUGAUAAUUUAAAGCAUUAAAGGCAAAGAUACGUUUGGAGACAAGUUUGAUACUUUAGUAGCUCUUUUGAUGGAUGCCUGGUGCAGACAGUAAAGGCUUGCUGGCAUUUGCGGGAAAGAAGCCUCAUAACUUAUUAAACCAGUACCACCACCAAAGAAUCUGCUUUUUUUUUAGACAUCUUUAUUGAUUAAUAACCAUGCGUUACAACUGUCCUAUAUAUGUAUAUUUAUUAUCUACGCUAUGGCGUUUACGUAUUCUGUGCUCAUACUUUUAUUUAGCACAGUUUUGGCACAUGUUUGCCCUCAUUUUGCGAUUCAUUAAUGGAAUUUAUACAUGUUUCCAAAUUAA